AUGGACUUUGCUGAAAUUAUUUUCACACUGUUCAUCGUAGUGGUCGCGAUCGUCUCGCUGUUGUCUAACUUGUUGGUGCUGUUAUGCUUCGUCCACAGCACAGAAAUCCGGCGGCAGGUGCCCGGAGUGUUCACCAUGAACCUGUCUCUGUGCAACAUCCUCAUCACUGUCCUGAACAUGCCCGCCACAGCCCUGGGCAUCGUGUGGCAGCAGCAGCCCUUCGGGGACUGUGCGUGUCACACGGUCAGCUUUCUGGAGACUUUCCUGACCACCAACACCAUGCUGAGUAUGGCAGCGCUCAGCAUCGACCGCUGGAUCGCGGUGGUUUUCCCGCUCAGUUACUCCACUAAGAUGCGUUACAAAGACGCCAUGGUGAUGGUGUGCUACUCAUGGCUCCACUCUUUGACCUUUUCCCUGACGGCGCUGCUCUUCUCCUGGGCAGACUACAGCCACGUGUACGCGUCAUGCACUCUGCAGCCCAACCGAGAGGGCAAUGACAGGGUUAAGUUUACAGUCUUCACCGUGGUUUUUCACGCCACGAGCUUCAUGCUGUCACUGCUCAUCUUGUGUUUCACCUACCUGAAGGUGUUGAAAGUGGCCCGCUUUCACUGUAAAAGAAUUGACAUUAUUACAAUGCAAACACUUUUCCUGUUGGUGGACAUUCACCCCAGUGUGAAGCAGAGAUGCUUAGCAGAGCAGAAGAGGAGAAAACAAAGAGCCACCAAAAAGAUCAGCAUCUUCAUUGGGUCAUUUGUCAUUUGCUUCGCUCCUUAUGUAAUUACAAGAUUGGCCGAGCUUCUCCCCUUCGUGGACAUAAACCGUCAUUGGGGAAUAAUCAGUAAGUGCCUGACUUAUGGCAAGGCUGCAUCCGACCCUUUUGCCUACUCUCUCCUGCGGCAGCAGUACAGGAAAGUGCUGGUGACGGUGGUCAACAGGCUGCUGCGCCGGGACCUUUACCCCUCGUCUGGACACAACAGCUCCCUGGACACAGAGAACGACUACUGUCUGCAGAGGUUCAGCUAA